AUGCCAGAAGACACGCAAACUGUAAAAAUCGUGCAAGUUAAUCUAGGACGAGGAAUGGCGGCAUAUAAAGAAUCUUUACAAAUGGCCGUCAACCAAAAAAUUACACUUCUCUUACUGCAAGAACCAUAUAUUGGUUCAAAAGGGCAUGUUACUUGUAAUCGCCGCGUUAUACAAAAAGUGAAUAACAUAAUUGAUAAACCGGUUAAAUCGGCAGUCAUCGUUGUUGAUCCCACGUACUUAAUUAUAGAAAAUCCAGAAUACAUAAGUGAAAAUAUAGUAGGCUUUAUAAUUAAAGUAGGAAACCAUAGUAUAGGAAUACUUAAUGUGUACUUGGAAAAAAAUGGGGAUCUAGAUGAAGAUAUCAGAAACAUUGUGAAAAUUGCACAGAACAUGGACACCGAGGACAUCAUCUUGGCAGGGGACUUCAAUGCAAAGAGUCCUUGGUGGGGUAGCAGAGAGGAAGACAGGAGGGGAUUACACUUAUCGGAAAUGAUAGCAGAAAUGGACAUGAACAUACUAAACCAAGGAAACGACCCUACAUUCUAUCAGUAUCGAGCUGGAAAACUCUAUAGCAGUCUGGUGGAUGUAACCGCUUGUACAUCUUCGUUACUACACAAGGUAGAGAAAUGGAGAGUAGAUCCAGACUUUGUUACACUUUCUGACCAUCGAGCAAUUCAAUUCCAAAUAAACAUUAUCAUAGAUAGACAGAAAACUUCCCCCAGAAAAUCCACACGUUUAUUUAACACCGCUAAGGCAAAUUGGUCAAUUUUUAGGGAUGUUUUAAAAGAAGGGUUAGAAAAUGACAAAAUUACUGAAAUAAAAGUUAAUCUAAUAAAAACAACAAAUGAUUUGGAAGACAUAUUAGACAAAUACAUCAAACAAGUCAGCAUUGCUAGUAAACGGGCAAUACCACCUAUCUCUAAAAAGAUUAACACAACCUGCACACCCUGGUGGACUAAGGAGUUAGAAGCUGAACGACGAGAAUUAAUAAGAUUAAGAAGAAGAAUAAGAUUUGCGAACACUAGGCGUAAACCCUUCCUUAUCCAAGAAUUUACAGCAGCUAAAGAAAAAUAUGUGAGUAACAUAAUGUUUACAAUUACUGAGAGCUGGAAGCAGCUAUGUACAAAGCAGGAAAAAGAGACAAUAUGGCAGAGCAUUUACAGAAUUAUUAGGAAAUGCACAACAAUAAGCGAAGACAAACUUUUGCGUUUAGGAGAAAAAACUCUAAAUCCGAAUGAUUCAGCUAUGCUACUAGCUAAAGUAUUCUACCCUGAAGAUGAAGUAAAUAAGGACACUGAAGAACAAGGAAAAGUUCGUGAUGAAUCGAAUGCAAUUAUUAAAGAUCUAAGAUAUGACUCUAUUAGUUUUCGGGAAUUCACCGAAGAAGAAAUAGAAAUGGUACUACAAAGAAUGAACCCUAAAAAGGCACCAGGAGAAGAUGGUAUAACAUCAGACAUCUGCUAUGAGGCUUACAAAACUUCACCGUCAACGCUGAAGGCAAUUUUCAACAAGUGUCUAGAAUUAGGGCACUUCCCCGAGAUCUGGAAAAAGGCUGUUAUAAAAGUCAUUCCAAAGCCGGGGAAAGAUGAUUAUUCAGUACCUAAAUCAUACCGACCUAUUGGAUUACUACCGGUAUUUGGGAAGAUCUUAGAAAAAUUGUUUGUAGGGAGACUUCUAUGGCAGUUAGGAAGUGAAGAUAAACUCAACAGUUUGCAAUACGGAUUCAUGCCUCAGCGCAGUACAGAAGACGCUUUAUAUGAUACAAUGACGGUGAUAAGACAGGGCAUCAAAGAAAAAAUGAUCGUUGUAGUGGUAUCUCUUGACAUAGAAGGGGCAUUUGAUAAUGCUUGGUGGCCCCAAAUAAUCAGAGAAAUGAAAAGGAAAAAGGUUAGUCCAGAGAUUCUAAGGUUAGUCACUAGUUACCUGUCAUUUAGAAGCAUUUUACUAAAGUAUGCAGGAGCAGAAGUCACAAAAUCAACCACCAAAGGCUGUAUACAAGGGUCUACCUGUGGACCUAUCCUCUGGAAUAUUCUUUUAGAUCCCCUUCUCGAAUCAAUUUCAAAACUAAAUGUCCGUAUACAGGCGUAUGCGGAUGACAUACUUGUUAUUGCAAAAGGACAUUCAGCUAAUGCAGUAGAAGAAAAAUUAAAUCCAGCUUUAGAGCAAGUAAUGGCAUGGGGGAAAAAACACAAAUUGAACUUCGCACCACAUAAAACUCAAGCAAUAGUAAUCACAAAAAAGCUAUCCUAUGAAAUUCCUAUAAUUAAAAUGAAUAAUAUCAUUAUCAAACCAUCUUCGAGUCUGAAAGUACUUGGUGUUACUUUUGACACAAAUUUAAAUUUCGUAGAACAUUUAGAUGGAGUUCUCAGAAAGGCACUAAACAUCUAUAAAACCAUAUCGAGAACAGCAAGAGCCAACUGGGGUCUUAACUCAGAGAUAGUCAAAACUAUAUAUUUAGCUGUAGUGGAGCCAACUAUUCUUCAUGCGGCAAGUGUAUGGGCCACGGUAGCGAAAAAAGAAUACAUGAGGAAAAGAUUAGAACGUAUAACAAGAAUGUUUGCAAUUAAGAUCUGCAAAGGCCACAGGACAAUCUCAUUUACGUCUAGCGUGUUACUAUCAGGAAUCAUCCCUCUUGACUUAAGAGCAUUGGAACAUCUUUCACUCUAUGAAAUCAAACGAGGAAAGCCACUAGCACAACUACCAGGAAGAACCGUAGAAAAACCAAUAAGCCCAUUCUGUUUACCCCAUCCCGCUGAAAGAGAGCGUGUAUCUUUCAAGAUGGUAGUUACACAAGAAGAAGAAAACGCAAUCGACGGCCUUAAGCCGAGAAUAUACACGGACGGCAGUAAGUUAGAAGACAAAGUAGGUGGCGCUGUCAGUGUGUGGAGAGAGGGUAAAGAAAUACUCAAAUCAACAUUUAGGUUAGAAAGUUACUGUAGUGUUUAUCAGGCUGAACUUACUGCUAUUCUUAAAGCACUUGACAUGAUGUGCAAGAUCAGUAAAUUAAAGAAAGCAAUAAUACUAAGUGACUCACGAUCAGCUUUAGAGUGCCUAACCGACAGCACGUCUCUCCAGCCUCUUGCAGUUGAAAUACGAGAACGUUUAAGAGAAUUGAAAAAUAAAGACGGGGAUGUUGAGUUCUACUGGGUCAAAGCGCAUAUUGGUAUACCCGGCAACGAAAGAGCUGAUGAACUUGCAAAGAAGGCAGCACUGUCUAACAAACAAGCCGCAGUUUAUGAUAAGUGCCCUCUGUCCUUCGUGAAGCGACUCACCAGGGACUCUACCUGCAUGGGGUGGCAACAACGAUACAAUGAAGCUAUAACAGGAGCAGUCACGAAGAUAUUCUUUCCGGACAUAAGACAAGCACACAGUACACUUAAAAACAUUAAACUAGAUAACGUUAAGACGCAAUUGUUAACGGGUCAUGGAGGUUUUAAGGCGUAUUUAUUCAAGUACAAAUUAACGCAGUCCCCAUCUUGUGCAUGCAGUAGUGAAGUAGACGAAACAAUUUUACACCUGUUAAUAGAUUGCCCGAGAUUCGCUAUGAAAAGAUUGGAAUGCGAGCAGAAGAUGGGAAUUGCAAUUAAAGAUACUACCCUAAAAUACGCUAUUAACAACGAUGACUGUCGCACCCAUUUCCUAAAAUAUGCAGAAAUAGUCGUUCGUACUGCAGGAAAAGCAAAUGGGUCCAAAAUAGUAUAG